AUGGGGGGACCCGCCGGCCAGCCAGGCCCGCAAGCGGGUUGGAAGCGUAGUCGGGGAGUAGCCGCGAGCAGGGGCUCGAGCGGCUUGCUUGGAUCAAUAGGGGCACGUGUGCGCCACUCCCCUUCCAUGUCACCGGUGGUCAACCAGCUGUGGGGCAAGGAGUGGUCGUACACACGAGAGGACUUUGCCUAGAAAGCUAACUUUACUAUAUAUUCGCCCGAAUAAUCCGCGCACAACCGAUGUGGGACUAAACCCGCGUCACACCUUGUUCAGGGGCGGGCGACUGCCGUGGGUUCGAAUCCUCCUAGAGUCAAAAUUCAUAUAUUUUUAACUGAUUAUCGCGACUUUCCUGCAGAUCGCCGGUGAAGGAUUAAGCAACCGGAAUCGCUAGAUCAUCGGCGAAAAUCUCGUCAACGCGAUUCGCGGAGCAUUGCUACUAAAAUUGCUGAACGAUUCGCGAUAAAAGGAUCGCAAUCCAUCGAGUAAAUCAUCUCCGAUUGAUCGACGAACAAGCCGUCGUCAGGAAGAGGACGAUCCGCCGGGAGACGAGUCGCCACCUCCUGAGAGCGUACCAGAUGCGAUGAAGAGCCUCCCCUUGCUGCGCGGACCUGAGGAUGAAGCUCCCUGACACGCGCCCCACCUCCAUCCAGCUCCUCUCCGUCGGGUGACAGCCGCCGGAGAGCCGCAAAGUCGCCGUUUUUCCGCUCCGUCGGGUGAUAGUCGCCGGAGAUGACUCGACGACCCACUUCAUUGAUCUCUAGACUUCGCGAGAAGAUCUAGAGAUUGCCUACGUCGUCUUUGUCCAAGGAGAGCCUUCGAGGCCGUGGACACUGCACGACGAUCCUCCCGAACGCUCAGGAUUCCGGUGCAUCGCCGAAGCAUCGCCGUCGCGACGCCGGAACUCUGGUUUCCUGCUUUCAAUUUAAGUUACGCUUUAUUUAGUGAUACUUUGUGUGAUUUUAAUUUACCAAACUAUACUUCGUUCAAUUACGAUUCUUCCGGCUUUUACAGAUCUUAAUUUGAUUAAUUAAAUCGUCUGUAAUCGCUUACGUAAGAAUCGCCGGGUGGAACUCUAUUUCCGCCCGAUUCGCGUUCGCCGGGCGCUAACGUCAUCCUGUCGUCCACACCCUUAUUUCCUCUUUUUUUUCGUGAAUUUUAAAUAUAUUUCCUUUUCAUUUCCUAGUAUAAAAUUCAUAGAAAUUCGUAUUCAUUGAGGAAAACUCUGAAUAAUUACAAAAUAUUAUAUUACAUCCCUGUGAUCGACCUGGGAAAUUACCGCUAUUUUUGGAACUUUUAUUGAAUUAUAAUUGAUAUAUUUAUUUAUAAAUACUUCUAAAUAUCCGGAAAUUCGUAUUUUCUAGUUUUAUAAAUUUUAGAUUUGCAUGAUUUAAUAUACAAUGACUGAGUCACGUCAAAUUUUGGCGCCGUUGCCGGGGAUGUAUUGCAUAAUAUUUAGUAUUUUUCUAUUUUUCUCUUAGAGUACACAAAAAAAAAAAAAAAAAAAAAAAAAUUAACUCUUGUUUUAUUUUCUUUUUGCCGAUUUUUAUUUGAAAAAAGGGAACGAAAAGAAGCACGGCAAGGACUGGAGCAUCCUGAAGGAGGGUAACAGUUACUAACUUUUUCCCUCGAAUUUAUUGAUUUUUAUGCAUGGUAGAAGAUCCUUGCAUCCAAGGCUAGAAAAUCCUUUCAUUAUUUCAUUCAAAAAGAAAAAUCCGAAAGAAAAAUUAAUUUUGAUGGAUCCUGAAGGAAGUACAGGUCAAACUGAGAACAAUCCUAUGGCCAUGAAAAAUCAUUAUAUCCCUGAUUCAUUUCAAAGAGCAUCCAAUAUUAGAGUCCCAUUAGCACCCACUAUUAAAUUCGAAAUAAAUCCAGGAAUUUUUCAAAUGCUCCCUAAUUUUCAUGGAUUGCCUUUAGAGGAACCUCAUCAGCACUUGGAAAAAUUUCAUAUGGUCUGUGAUUUAGUUAAUCUCUCUCAAGUUACACCGGAAAUUAUUAAGAUGAAAUUAUUCCCUCAUACACUUAGGGACAAAGCUAGUCAUUGGCUAUCCACAUUAGAUAGAGAAUUAACUAGGUGGAAAGAUAUAGAACAGGCCUUUCUUCGAAAAUUUUAUCCCUUAGGAAAAACUCAAAAUAUGAGAAAACAUAUAUGGAGUUUUUAUCAAAGACCAGGAGAAACUUUGCAUGAGACAUGGGAAAAAUUUAAAGAUUUACUUAGAAAGUGUCCUCAUCAUGCUAUACCCAAGUGGCAGCUCAAUAGAAUUUUUUAUGAUGGAUUAUUAGAACAACAUAGAAAUAUGGUUGAUUCUAUAUGUGGAGGAGCUUUUAUGGAGAAAACUCCUGAUGAGAUUUACAGUCUUUAUGAGAAUUUAAGUGAAAAUUCUAGAGAUCAAGCCUCUUUUGAAUUAUAUGACAGGGAUAAGAAGAGAAGAAUUUAUGAAUUGCAUCAUGAUGAUGAUUCUAAACUUAGAAAUGAGGUUAAUCAGAUUAAUCAAAGAUUAGAAAAAAUUGAUUUACUUAUUGACAAUAUUAGAAAGCCUUUUAACCCUCAACUUAAUUCGAAUAGUACAUGUCCUAUGUAUGGUGAAAACGAUUAUUCUGAAUUUCAAUGUUAUAAUUUAGAUCAAUCAUUUCACCCUAUGCAAGAACAAGUGCAAGUGGCUCACGGUUUUAAUAGAAACAGGGAACCUUUUUCAAAUUCUUAUAAUCCUAAUUGGAGGAAUAGUUUUUCAUGGAGAGACCCAAAUAAUAUUCAAAAUCCAGAAGCACUUAGACCCAAUUCAAACUCUGAAUUUCGUCCAAAACAAGAAAACAGAUUUCAGAAAAAUCAGUCCUCUCAAAUCCAACCUGAUGCUAUGGAAAUGAUGCAGCAAAUGAGCCAAAUGAUGCAACAAACUAUGAACCAAAUGAUGCUGCACCAGAAACAAAUUAUAGAGGCUCUUGGGAAUAAGAGAGAAGAGGGACAGCUACCUAGUCAGCCCAUAGAAAAUCCAGGGAACCGCCCAACAAUAGGAUUUCAGCAUGAAUCUAGGAAAAAACCCACGAAAUGAAAAUGUUAGGACAGUGAAUGCAUUAAGGAGUGGUAAGAUCUUAGCUGAUCCUUAUCCCCAAACAUUAGAAGAAAAAGAAAACGUGGACAACCCAAAACAAAAUCAAAUAGGAGUAGAAGAGGAUUUUAUAGAUUCUACCAAGGAAAUUUCGAAAGAGAGGACAACCAUUCCAUUUCCUAAAGCUCUAGAGCCUAGACAAAGAAAGAAAAAGGAACACAAUGAAGAAAUAAAGAAAAUUUUACAAGAUGUGCAAAUUAGUCUUCUUUUACUUACUGCCAUUGAACAUAUUCCUGAAUAUGCUAGAGUUUUGAAAGAAAUGUGUACACCAAAAAGGGCACCUAGAGUAGAAAAAUUAUCUAUGCAUGCUAGUGCAUUAUUAUUAAAUCAAUUACCAUAUAAAUUGAGAGAUACAGGUGCCCCUUUGAUUUCGUGUGAUAUUGAUGGAUUCAUUUUUCAGAAUGCAUUACUUGACACCGGUGCUAGCAUUAAUUUAUUACCUGCAAGUAUUUGUGAUAAAUUUAAUAUUUCUCAUCUUAAACUUUCUACUGUUACCUUACAAUUUGCUGAUAGAUCCAUAAAACAUCCUAAAGGUAUUUUAGAAAAUGUGAUAGUGACAGUUAAAGGGUGUAAAUUUCCAGCUGAUUUCAUAGUACUGAAAAUGGAUUUUAAUGGACAGUUUUAUGAUACACCAAUCAUCUUAGGGAGACCAUUUUUGCAUACAGAAAAGAUGAAUAUUGAUUUUCUCACAGGUAUUGCGAAAAUUUCAUGUGGAGAUCAAUCAGUAGAAAUUAAAAUUUUUGAGAUAUCAAAUGAUAUUAAGAAAUCCCAAGUAUAUGAUUGUCAUACCAUAGAUCUUCUAGAUGAUUUUGAUGAUCCAGAUGUUAUUGAUGACUGUGUGCUGAAAGAAUUAGAGGAAAUAGAGAAUAUAAAUUUAGAAGAAAAGAAAGAGGAAGAUCAUCUGAAUUUAGAGUUGAAACCUCUUCCCUCUAGUUUAAAAUAUAUGUUUUUGGAGGAAAAUAAUUCAUUUCCUGUUAUUAUUGCAGCUGAUUUGAGUGAUGAACAGGAAGAAGAAUUAUUAGAUGUACUUCGAAAAAAUAAGAAAGCUAUGGGCUGGAAAAUGGACGAUCUAAGGGGCAUUGAUAUGAGUGUAUGCAUGUAUAGUAUAUAUUUAGAGGAGGGGGCUAGAACUAGUAGGGAACCACAACGAAGAUUAAAUCCUAACAUGAUGGAAAUUGUAAAAAAGGAAAUUUUAAAGUGGCUGGCUGCUGAUAUUAUUUAUCCUAUUUCAGAUAGCAAAUGGGUUAGUCCUACACAAGUAGUGCCAAAAAAAUCAGGGAUUACGGUUAUAAAAAACGAAAAUGGGGAUGAAAUACAAACAAGACUAACUACCGGUUGGAGAGUUUGCAUUGAUUAUAGAAAAUUAAAUUCAGUUACUAGAAAAGAUCAUUUUCCCCUACCAUUUACUAAUCAAAUUCUAGAAAAAUUAGUUGGAAAAAACUUUUUUUGUUUUCUAGAUGGAUACUCUGGUUAUAAUCAAAUUUAUAUAAACCCUUUAGAUCAAGAAAAAACAACUUUCACUUGUCCAUUUGGUACUUUUGCUUUUAAAUGCAUGCCUUUUGGUCUGUGUAAUGCUCCAGCCACAUUUCAAAGAUGUAUGCUGUCUAUUUUUUCUGAUAUGAUUGGAAAAUGCAUGGAAAUUUUUAUGGACGAUUUUUCUGUUUUUGGCGAAUCAUUUGAUGAAUGCUUAAAUCAUUUACAGCAUGUACUUGAGAAAUGCAUAGAGAAAAAAAUUAGUUUUGAGUUGGGAGAAAUCACAUUUUAUGGUUAAAGAGGGAGUUGUGUUGGGUCAUAUUGUGAGUAAAAGGGGUUUAGAGGUGGAUAGAGCAAAAAUUGAUAUUAUAUCUAAAAUGAAACCUCCAAAUUCAGUAAAACAGAUUAGAUCUUUCUUGGGUCAUGCAGGUUAUUACAGAAAAUUUAUUCAAGAUUUUUCGAAGAUUUCUAAACCUCUCACCAUGCUAUUAUCUAAAGAUAUGCCUUUUAAUUUUGAUGAGAAAUGUUUUGAGUCUUUUUCCGUAAUAAAAAGAUUACUUACUGAGGCACCCAUUUUACAAGCUCCUGAUUGGUCCCUUCCCUUUGAAAUAAUAUGUGAUGCAUCGAAUUAUGCAGUGGGGGCUGUUCUAGGACAAACAAAAGAGUCAAAACUCAUAGUAAUUUUAUAUGCUAGUAAAACUAUAUCCGAUGCUCAAUUAAAUUAUACCACGACUGAAAAAGAGUUGUUAGCUGUAGUAUUUUCGUUAGAAAGGUUUAGAUCAUAUAUUUUGGGAGCUAAAAUUAUUAUUUAUACUGAUCAUGCAGCAUUAAAAUAUCUGUUAAAUAAGAAAGAUGCAAAGCCACGUUUAUUAAGAUGGAUUUUAUUGUUGCAGGAAUUUGACUUAGAAAUAAAAGAUAAAAAAGGUUUCGAGAAUGCUGUUGCUGACCAUCUUUCUAGAUUAAGUGACACAGGAAUAAAUGCAGCACCUUUACAAGACGCAUUUCCAGAUGAACAAUUGAUGGCAGCUCAACAUCAACCAUCACCAUGGUAUGCACAUAUUAUUAAUUUUCUGGUUUCUGGAAAAACUCCAGAACAGUGGGAUAAGAACAGAAAAAAUCAUUUCUUUUCUAAGAUUAGAAAUUAUUUUUGGCAUGAUCCUGAUUUAUAUUACUUGGGCAAUGAUCAAAUUUUAAGGAGAUGUGUUCCUGAAGAAGAAUACCAUAGCAUUAUUAACAUGUGCCAUUCAUCUAACUGUGGAGGACACUUCUCUAGACGAAAAACAGCUGCAAAAAUUUUUCAGUGUGGUUUUUAUUGGCCUACAAUCAUUAGAGAUUCUAUAGAAUUUAGUAGAACAUGUAUUUCAUGCCAAUCUAUAAGUAACAUGAGUAAAAAAGAUGAAAUGCCCAUGAGUAACAUGUUAGUAGUCGAAAUUUUUGAUGUAUGGGGAAUAGAUUUCAUGGGUCCCUUCCCAUCAGCUGAAAAAUAUGAAUAUAUUUUGCUUGCUGUUGAUUAUGUGUCGAAGUGGGUGGAAGCUAUUCCUACUAGAACUAAUGAUCAUAAAAUCGUGAUGAAAUUUGUGUAGGAAAAUAUUUUUUCGAGAUUUGGAUGUCCUAGAGUGAUUAUUAGUGAUGGAGGAACACAUUUUACAAAUAAAAAUUUCAGAGAACUGUUGAAAAAGAAUGGAGUACACCAUAGAGUAGCCACUCCAUAUCAUCCCCAAACAAAUGGGCAAGUUGAAGUAGCAAAUAAGGAAAUUCAGAGAAUUUUGAGAAAAAUAGUUAGACCAGAUAGGAAAGAUUGGCCCACGAAAUUACAAGAUGCAUUAUGGGCUUAUAGAACAGCUUAUAAAAAUCCCAUAGGUAUGUCCCCAUUUCGUCUCAUUUUUGGAAAGCCAUGUCAUCUUCCUGUGGAAAUAGAGCAUAAAGCAUUAUGGGCUAUAAAAAAUUUAUGUAUGGAUGAAAAAUCAGCUGGUGGGCAUAGAAUUUUUCAGUUACAUGAACUAGAGGAGUUGAGGAAUGAAGCUUAUGAAAAUCAUAGAAUAUAUAAAGAAAAAACUAAAACUUUUCAUGAUAAAUACAUUAGCAGAAAAAAAUUUGAUGUUGGACAAAAAGUGUGGUUAUAUGAUUCUAGGCUGAAAUUAUUCCCAGGAAAAUUAAAAUCAAAAUGGAAAGGGCCUUAUGUGGUGGAAGAGACAUAUGAUCAUGGGGCUGUAAUGAUUAAAGAUCCUAAAAGUGAUCAUAACUUUAAGGUAAAUGGACAGCGGCUUAAACAUUACAUAGAACAUGAACGCCUUGCAGAAAAAGAAAUUUUAUUAUUAAAAGAAAUUCAAGAGUAAGAUCAAGGAGUCCAGCUGGAGACAUUAAAUUCAGCGCUGCAUGGGAGGCAACCCAUGGUUUUUAUUUCAUUCUGUUUGAUUUUUUUUUAAGCUCUGUUUUUCUUAGAAUUUCGCAGUACUUGUUUCUGUAUUUGUUUUUUUUCGAAGAAGUGCAGGAGGAGGUGUGUAAGAUGAAGUGGAAAAUUAAAAACGAGGUUGAGAUGAUGUCUUUCUGAGCUUUAUCAUUUAUGACAAUAUUUUUAAUGCUUAACUUUGCAUAUAUGCAUGCUUUACUUGAAAAUUAUAUUUUCUGCAUAUUCUGUUUCGAUUUUUUUUUGUGUCAUUGAGGACAAUGUCAUUUUUAAGUCGGGGGGGAAGUAUUCAUUAUUAAUUUAUGCUGUAGGACGAUUAAGAACAUGUGUUUGCAUUUUAUUCAACUUAGAACAGCAACUAAAAAAAUAAAAAAAAAUCACCGAAUUCGGAAAAACUGCAACAUCUAUUUUCUGGUUUUCUGUCAGGAACAACAGACUGUUAAAAACAGCAGAUGAAAAAACAACCCGAAAUUUGAAAUUAUAGAGACCCUUUUCUCACAUUUCAAUCCCCUAGACAUAUAUUACUGAAAUUCGAAAUUACAGCUAUAAAGAAGAUAGUUUUGAUUUAUUUUUGAUAAAUUUAUUGCUCCUAAAAUAGAACUGAAAAUAGAAAACAGAACUGUCAGAACUAUCUAAUUUACAAAUUCCUUACAUCAUAUUGCAUGCAUGAAAAAUUAAAUCAAUUAGAUUGAUUGAUACCAAAAGAUACUAGGAAGAUUAUUAUUGAGUCAAAAGAAUGAUCUAGUAGCAUGAAAUGUUGGAAUACUCCUUGGAUACAUGAUAGAUAACAUGGAUUUGAUUUUACAGAUUUUCACUUCAUGAUCUUGAUGGAUAAUAUUUACUUGAUGUGAAAAUUUGAUUGAUCAUUUGAGUUUAAUGGAGAUUUUUGCACCCUGAUCUAUAGGACUUGUGAGGAGAAAUCACUUAUUUCAAAAAAAAAAAAAAAAAGAGAGAGCAAUGUGAAAAAUCUAGAAACGAAGAGUACACAUGGAGGGUGUGAGACAUCAUUCUCAUUGUCGAAAAUCGUGCAUAGAAAAACACUUGCUAAAAAAUAAGUGGAUAAAGUGAAAGCCCUGAAAAUGAAGAGCACACAUGGAGGGUGUGAGACAUCAUUCUUAUUGUUGAAAUUUGUCUACAGGAAAAGCUACUUAUCCACUAUAUAUAUAAAAAAAAAAAGAAGGAAGAAAUAUAGUGCAAACUUCAAAAAUCAAGUCAUAGAAAAAGGGAAAUGUAAGAUCAAUAUUAUUCUUGGAUGAGUAUUGAUAAUUGGAACAUCUUGUAAAUACAUCUAUGAGUGAAGAAGUGAUAAAGAUGUGAAUAGAAGAAGUGAAGUCUAGAUUGUUAUUCCAAGGAGUGUUUAAACAUUUAAGUGCUUGACAUCAUUCUUAAAUACUUGAUAUAAGAAUCCAAAGUGUUUAAAGGUGCAUCAUUUCUAAUUGUAUUUCUUUUCUGUAUUGAAAUAUGAUGUUUGAGAUUUGUAAAUUUUUAUUUUCGUAAUUCCAUUGCUAAGGGACUAGCAAUGAUUUAAGUUGGGGGGUGUGAUAAGUCUUCAUUAUCAUGAGUUAAUAAUUAGUAAAUAAUAUAGUUUUAGCCUUAACUCAUGAUAAAUAGACUUAUAUUUGUGUUAAAGCAUGAAAAGUGGUUUUCAGUUGAUUAACGUGAAUUUUGGGUAAUUAUGUGAUUUUAUACGAUUUUUACAGUCUUAGUUUUGAGAUAAAUGAAGAACAAGAAAUAAAAAUAAAAAUAUUGCAAAAUGGGGUGAUCCGCCGGCCAGCCGGGCCCGCAAGCGGGUCGGAAGCGCAGUCGGGGAGUAGCCGCGAGCAGGGGCUCGAGCGGCUUGCUUGGAUCGAUAGGGGCACGUGUGCGCCACUCCCCUUCCACGUCACCGGUGGUCAGCCGGCUGUGGGGCAAGGAGUGGUCGUACACGCGAGAGGACUUUGCCUAGAAAGCUAACUUUACUAUAUAUUCGCCCGAAUAAUCCGCGCACAACCGAUGUGGGACUAAAUCCACCUUGUUCAGGGGCGGGCGACCGCCGCGGGUUCGAAUCCUCCCAGAGUCAAAAUUCAUAUAUUUUUAACUGAUUAUCGCGACUUUCCUGCAGAUCGCCGGUGAAGGAUUAAGCAACCGGAAUCGCUGGAUCAUCGGCGAAAAUCUCGUCAACGCGAUUCGCGGAGCAUUGCUACUAAAAUUGCUGAACGAUUCGCGAUAAAAGGAUCGCAAUCCAUCGAGUAAAUCAUCUCCGAUUGAUCGACGAACAAGCCGUCGUCGGGAAGAGGACGAUCCGCCGGGAGACGAGUCGCCACCUCCUGAGAGCGUACCAGAUGCGAUGAAGAGCCUCCCCUUGCUGCGCGGACCUGAGGAUGAAGCUCCCUAACACGCGCCCCACCUCCAUCCAGCUCCUCUCCGUCGGGUGACAGCCGCCGGAGAGCCGCAAAGUCGCCGUUUUUCCGCUCCGUCGGGUGACAGUCGCCGGAGACGACUCGACGACCCACUUCAUUGAUCUCUAGACUUCGCGAGAAGAUCUAGAGAUUGCCUACGUCGUCUUUGUCCAAGGAGAGCCUUCGAGGCCGUGGACACUGCACGACGAUCCUCCCGAACGCUCAGGAUUCCGAUGCAUCGCCGAAGCAUCGCCGUCGCGACGCCGGAACUCUGGUUUCCUGCUUUCAAUUUAAUUUACGCUUUAUUUAGUGAUACUUUGUGUGAUUUUAAUUUACCAAACUAUACUUCGUUCAAUUACGAUUCUUCCGGCUUUUACAGAUCUUAAUUUGAUUAAUUAAAUCGUCUGUAAUCGCUUACGUAAGAAUCGCCGGGCGGAACUCUGUUUCUGCCCGAUUCGCGUUCGCCGGGCGCUGACGUCAUCCUGUCGUCCGCACCCUUAUUUCCUCUUUUUUUUUCGUGAAUUUUAAAUAUAUUUCCUUUUCAUUUCCUAGUAUAAAAUUCAUAGAAAAUCGUAUUCAUUGAGAAAAACUCUGAAUAAUUACAAAAUAUUAUAUUACAUCCCUGUGAUCGACCUGGGAAAUUACCGCUAUUUUUGGAACUUUUAUUGAAUUAUAAUUGAUAUAUUUAUUUAUAAAUACUUCUAAAUAUCCGGAAAUUCGUAUUUUCUAGUUUUAUAAAUUUUAGAUUUGCGUGAUUUAAUAUACAACGACUGAGUCGUGUCCUUGGUCGCGUCUGUGGGGUCAAUAGUCCUCGUAGUGGGGUCGGGUGGCGGUGGUGGUGGACGUGGGAGAUCGUCCUUAUGAGCAGGGUAGACCGGCUCGUGGUGAUCAUAAGUAUCUUGUGGCCAACGACCGCCCAAUUGAUCGUGGCCAUCGUCGUGACGUGGUGUGUUGCAGUGACGAAGAUUCCCUCGAUGAUGAUCGUGAUCGAGGUACUGGUGAUCAUAUGGAUCACUAUUGGGGCUCAUAGGCCGGCGGGGCUCGCGAUGCUCUUGAUAUGCCUAUGUAAUAGGGGGUGCGGUCAGUGGUGCGACCGGAUACGCAACCAGCAGUGGAGCCAGUGGCGGUGGGCCAUGAGCUGCGGCUACAAAGGUAGCUCGCUCCAGAUGUUCAAUAGCCUAGGUCAUGCUACACAUGACAUCAUCUGGAAGGGAGCGCGCUCCAUCCCUUGAAGGGUACCGGGGCAAAGGUUGCCAUUGGCCACCUCUACCAUGACCCCUAGUACUCUUCGGUGGAUAGUAGGGCACGGAUUCCUUCCCAGCUCGGCGGCUCAUAGCCGCAGGCGGCUGGGACCGCCUUGAUGCCUCUCUGGCCGACAUAGGGCUCAGAGUCUCUCGGGGUCGGGAGGGGUCUGGUACCAAAUCCGUCGAUCUCGACGAAGAUGGUGGACUCGUGUCCACUCUAGCUACUCAGAGAGUAGCGGGAUCUAAGGCCUCGUACGAGUGCCGUGAUGAUGGUUGAUGUGACUUAGUCGUUGUAUAUUAAAUCACGCAAAUAUAAAAUUUAUAAAACUAGAAAAUACGAAUUUUCAGAUAUUUAGAAGUAUUUCUGAACAAAUAUAUCAAUUAUAAUUCAAUAAAACUCCCAAAAAUAGUAGUAAUUUUCCAGGUCGAUCACAAGGAUUUAAUAUAAUAUAUGGUAAUUAUUCAGAAUUUUUCUCAAUGAAUACGAUUUUCUAUGAAUUGUAUACUAGGAAAUGAAAAGGAAAUAUAUUUAAAAUUCACGAAAAAGGGAAAUAAGGGUGCGGACGUCAGGAUGACGUCAGCGCCCGACGAAUGCGAAUCGGGCAGAAAUAGAGUUCCGCUCGACAAUUCUUACGUAAGCGAUUAUAGAUGAUUUAAUUAAUCAAAUUAAGAUCUAUAAAAGCCAGAAGAAUCGUAAUAGAACAAAGUAUAUUUUGGUAAAUUAAAAUCACAAAAAAUAUCACUAAAUGAAGCGUAAAGUAAGUUGGAAGUAGGAAAACAGAGUUCCGGCAUCACGACGGCAAUGCGUCGGCGAUGCACCGGAAUUCUGAGUGUUUGGGAGGAUUGUCGUGCAGUGUCCACGGCCUCGAAGGCUCUCCUUAGACAAGGACGGCGUGGGCAAUCUCUAG